UCUGCCGAGUUCUACUGCUGCUCUGUGUGUGUGUGUGUGUGUGUGUGUUACUGGCGAGAAGCACACUGACUGACAGACUGGCUGGCUGGCUUUUGCACUUUCAGUGCUUCAAACAUGGACCAAGACAACAAUUCAGAGGAUGAGUCAGUCGGCCCAUCCGAGGAUCCUUCAGAAGAGGAACUACCCUGUCUUCCUCCAGGUCUCUCUGAUGGAGAAGCAAUGGAGCUUCUUUGGCAGUUGCGAGCCCAGCGCCGCCAGUCAUCCCCUGACCUCCCAGAGACUGUGACAUGUCUUACUGCUCCUGAUGGCAGCCUCUUGUACCUGGUGGGCACUGCCCAUUUUAGUGACAGCAGUAAAAAAGAUGUGGCUACGACGAUCCGGGCUGUACAGCCAGACGUGGUAGUAGUGGAGCUGUGCCAGUACAGAGUAUCUAUGCUAAAAAUGGAUGAAAAUACCCUGCUGAAGGAAGCCAAAGACAUCAACCUCGAUAAGGUUCAGCAGGCCAUCAAGCAGAAUGGGCUGAUGUCUGGUCUGAUGCAGAUUCUCCUGCUCAAAGUUUCAGCCCACAUUACAGAGCAGCUGGGCAUGGCUCCUGGAGGGGAAUUCAGGGAGGCCUUUAAAGAGGCUGGACGGGUGCCAUUCUGCAAAUUUCACCUUGGGGACAGGCCCAUCCCUGUGACAUUUAAGAGAGCCAUCGCUGCUCUCAGUCUAUGGCAGAAAGCACGGCUAGCAUGGGGUCUUUGUUUUCUCUCUGACCCAAUCAGUAAAGAGGAUGUAGAGAAGUGCAAACAGAAGGACCUACUAGAACAGACCAUGUCAGAGAUGAUCGGCGAGUUUCCUGCUCUCCACCAGACCAUUGUGGCUGAAAGAGACAUCUACCUCACUCACACUCUCCGCCAGGCUACACGUUGUGUGGAGGCACCCCCUAAUGCCCAGAAAGUGCCUGCUGUGGUAGUGGGAGUUGUGGGGAUGGGUCAUGUCCCUGGAAUAGAGAAAAACUGGGAGAAACAGCUCAACAUCAAUGAGAUCAUGAGUGUUGCACCUCCAUCACGUUUUGGCUGGGUGUUGCACACAGUCAUUAAAGGAGUCAUGAUGGGAAUUCUGGGCUAUGCCUGCUAUCGGGCCGGAGGAAGUUUAGGCAGAGCUCUGCUGUCUUUACGUGGUGUCCAAUCAUUACUGGAGAGUCUGCGACCGCCCCCUGCUUGACCCCGACAGUCGACUCGAAGCCAUCAAUGACACGACCUUUGAUUUAUUAAAAACAAUGCAUCUAUCACCAGUGGCCUUAAAACGGGAGGUGAGGCUGGAGGAAUGGGUUCACCAGCCCACACAAUGAACUAUCAUGGACCUCAGGGGGUUUUCAGAGCCUCCCACUUUGUAUUGAUGUCCCUAUUAAUGGGGCCGUACUGCCAAAGAAACCAUGACAGUACUUUGUGCAAACCCUGCAUUCUCUUAUGUUAACUUAUGCCAAUAAUUCCUUUGGAAUAGAUUUACAUUCUCCCUGCCAUUCCUUUUAAUAAUUUUCAAAGUUUUUAUUUCACAGGUAUUUUCAUGAGGCUGUUUAAGAAAUUAUUUUCUGUCACUUGCCCUGAUACGACUGAGCCAUUUUCAAACAGGCACACUUCUCUAACACUGAAUUUCUUAUAUACUCUUCUCCCUUUUGGUGCCAGUAACAUUGGUUACUGACCCAGUUCAAGUCCAGCACUUUAUGAGAGAUUGGGAGAGUCUUGAACUAUACAUGCAGACAGUGGAAGGAAUACGCAAUUUAAAUACCAUAUCAGUCCUAACAGUCACAAGUAUAUUUAAAAAUUUUGUAAAAAAAAAUCUUUGGUUUAUUCAUUUGAUGCACAUUGUAACCAACAUGCAUCUCUUCAACCCAGCUUUAAUUGUCAAAAAUGCAUGAAUUGGAAUGUUGAUCAUCAAUCUCACAUACUGCAUCCUGAGCAUACUUUUCAAAAAUGCAUAAUCUUCCAAAUACUGGAUUAGAAUUAGGCAACAUUGACUGAUUCCUUGUGUGCACAGUCCUACCUACAUCAACAGACAAGUGCCUCAUUUUGCAACAGUAAGGGCUAAAGUGAACUAAAGGAAUGAUAAAAUGUGUGUUUUUACAUCGUACACAUACUACAAACACAUUCUGUCUUUGUAUUAUUAUAUUAUAGGUCUGUUUUAUAAAAACUGUUGACCUAAUUGUAGACCUUUAGUUUGUGUUGUCUGGGAGUUUUAAAUGGAAUAGUACCACAGCCCUUCAUUCUAUGGUCAUUUAGACAUGAACUCAGAGCUGAUGCAGGACAUAAAUGUGCCUCAGGAUGAGCAUUAAUCACGUGACUUACGUAUAUUUGAUUGUACUUCCCAUAUGAGGCACCUUCCAAUUUUGGCUUUUAACACAACUGAUUUCAUCUCUUGAGUAAGCGUUCAUACUUGAUAUGGAUAUAUGCAUCUUGUACAAAAAGCCAUCUGUAGAAUAUUUUAACUAAUAAUACCUGACAUUCAGCUCACUAGCUGUUUGUACUUUUAUGAUAUAUGCAUUACAACUUCCCAGUCUGAUUGUAAAAUGGGAAUAAGGAGAUGCUAAAAAUGACUUAGAUUUGUUUCCCUCAGAUAAAGGAUUCAAUCAGACCGUGAUGUUUUUCACUGAAAUUCUCAUUCAGGAAAAUUUGCUUUAGAGUUUUUUUUUUUUGUUUGUUUCUGAGGGAAAUUGACAGUUGAGAUUGGUCAGAGUUGGGAGGUAAAGCCUUACACUGCUCUCACUGCUGCCUUUGAUCCUCAGAUUGGAUCCUGUCCUGAGGCUUGUUGUAAGCAUCAUACCAACCUGUAUAGUACAGAACCUCUUGUUGCACAUGUAAAAUUGGCUUGACAAAAUCCAUAAAAUCAUGUUUUCUGGGUUAACUCAAUAAAUCCAACUCAAAACAACA